AUGGGGAGCCUGGAGGCCGGCGAGGAGAAGUGGAGGCCCGGGGUGGAGAGACAGGAGGCCGGGAUGGAGUUCCGGAGGGCCGGGCAUGGAGAGCCCGGAGCCCGGGGAAGAGAUGUGGAGGCCGGGCAUGCAGAGUCCGGAGCCCGGGGAGGAGAUAUGGAGGCCGGGGAGGAGAAGUGGAGGCCCGGGGUGGAGAGCCUGGAGCCCGGGGAAGUGAUGUGGAGGGCGGGCAUGAAGAGUCUGGAGCCCGGGGAGGAGCUCCGGAGGGCCGGGCGUGGAGAGCAGGUGGAGAUCCGGAGGGCCGGGUAUGGAGAGCCUGGAGCCCGGGCAUGGAGCUCCGGAGGGCCGGGCAUGGAGAGGCUGGAGCCUGGGGAGGAGAUGUGGAGGGCCGGGUAUGGAGAGCCCGGAGCCCGGGGAAGUGAUGUGGGGGGCGGGCAUGGAGAGGCUGGAGCCCGGGGAGGAGAUGUGGAGGCCCGGGGUGGAGAGACUGGAGCCCCGGGAAGAGAGCCCGGAGGCCGGGCAUGGAGAGCCCGGAGCCCGGGGUGGAGCUCCGGAGGGCCGGGGGUGGAGAGCCCCGAGCCCGGGGAAGAGAGCCCGGAGGCCGGGCAUGGAGAGCCCGGAGGCCGGGGUGGAGCUCCGGAGGGCCGGGGAUGGAGAGCCCGGAGCCCGGGGAAGAGAGGUGGAGGGCGGGCGGGCGUGGAGAGCCCGGAGCCCCGGCGUGGAGCUCCGGAGGGCCGGGGAUGGAGAGCCCGGAGCCCGGGGAAGAGAUGUGGAGGCCCGGGGUGGAGAGCCCGGAGGCCGGGCAUGGAGAGCCCGGAGCCCGGGGAAGUGAUGUGGAGGGCGGGCAUGGAGAGCCUGGAGCCCCGGGAAGAGAGCGCGGAGGCCGGGCAUGGAGAGCCUGGAGGCCGGGGUGGAGCUCCGGAGGGCCGGGGAUGGAGAGCCCGGAGCGCGGGGAAGAGAGGUGGAGGGCGGGCGUGGAGAGCCUGGAGCCCCGGGAAGAGAGCGCGGAGGCCGGGCAUGGAGAGCACGGAGACCGCGGUGGAGAUCCGGAGGGCCGGGGGUGGAGAGCCCCGAGCCCGGGGAAGAGAGCCCGGAGGCCGGGCAUGGAGAGCACGGAGGCCGGGGUGGAGCUCCGGGGGGCCGGGGAUGGACAGCCCGGAGCCCGGGGAAGUGAUGUGGAGGGCGGGCGUGGAGAGCCCGGAGCCCGGGGAAGAGAGCUGGAGGGCGGGCGUGGAGAGCCCGGAGGCCGGGGUGGAGCUCCGGAGGGCCGGGGAUGGAGAGCCCGGAGCACGGGGAAGUGGUGUGGAGGGCGGGCGUGGAGAGCCCCGAGGCCGGGCAUGGAGCUCCGGAGGGCCGGGGAUGGAGAGCCUGGAGCCCGGGGAAGAGAGCCCGGUGGCCGGGCAUGGAGAGCCCGGAGACCGCGGUGGAGAUCCGGUGGAUGAGGAGAUGAUGAGAUGA